AUGGGGCCACUCCACAAAAAGCACUCUCGCACAUCAUUCUUCACUCGCCCUUCUUCCAAGCCCCCCCUCUCUGCAGCGGCAGCCUGUCCUGGUAGUCUGCGGGCCAGAGGUCGCCCCAGCCCAGCCCCCGCGCCAGGCGGUAGGCCCCCCGUCCCCCCAGCGCCCGCUCGCUGCCCAGGCGCGACACGGUCUGGCGCACGGCCUCGCCCCGCGCCCCGCUUUCUACGGCAGAGCACAGGUCCAGCACCACGUGCCCGCCUCGCUUCAGGGGUGGGCGCAGCACCCGCGACCAGGUGGAGGCGGAGGCCUGCGCCAGGGUCUCCAGGUCGAGGUCGGGGUCGUGCCCGUUGCUAG